GCAAGCCGCGUAAGGCCUCUUGCACACGACCGAUCAUUCCGCCGACCGGUUGUUUCUCCGCCCGGCAAAGAAAUCGGGAUUAUCUUACACACGAUAAGCGAUCGGCCGGUUACGUGCCGUUUACAUUGCCUUCUGCAUGAAGGCCAGUGCUGUACUGUCAUCCGACGUAGAAAGAGCUUGGCUAUUUUCGUUUCGUGCAUUGUCAAAAACGAAACGUGAAAAGAAGAUCGUGCUUGUGUGUUUAUUGUAUAGACGAAGAAAAUACAUGUACAAGAAAGCUUUCGCAAGAAGAUUAUGGAUUCAUCCACUGGUAGCUGAAUGAAGUGCAGUAGGAGCAUUUUAUACCUUGUUUACAAGACUACGAGAACAUGAAGCAAAAUUUUUCAAUUACUUUAGGAUGUCUGUUGCAACAUUUGAUUAUUGACUACAGCGUUUGGACAAACAUAUAGCCCUCCAAGAAACAAACAUGAGACAAGCGAUACCACCCACAGAGAUGCUUGCAGUUACAAUAAGGUAUUUGGCAAGCGGUAUGACUUUCACAGACCUUCACUACGCAUACAGAUUGGGAACAUCAACAAUACGUGAAAUUGUUAGGGAUGUAUGCAGGAAAAUUUGGGAAAUCCUACUUGAUGAAUGCAUCCCACCGCCAUCAGACAAGAUGUGGAAUGAAUGUGAAGCAGGAUUUGCUAAUAAUGCCAAUUUUCCAAAUUGUUUCUGAGCGAUAGAUGGGAAACACAUUCGAAUUGUGAAGCCACAACGAAGUGGCUCAUUAUUUUACAACUACAAACAUUUUUUUUCAAUCGUGUUAUUGGCUGUUGUGGACACAUCAUACUGUUUUGGAUAUGUUGACAUUGGAGCAUACGGUAAAGAAUGUGAUUCCUCCGUAUUUGAAGAGAUGGUUUUAAUAUCGGAGAUGUCUUAGAAAUCAUAAACCUCGAAGACAUACCAAGAGAGCGAAAUUUGCGAGGAUCAAGAAGCGGGAAGGAUAUACGGGACCAUUUCACAAAAUAUUUCAAUAGUAAUGGAUCUGUACCGUGGCAAUUAAGUAAAAUACAGUUAAUAUUUUUUCUUAUCUUACAUAGUUACAUACCUAUUUCGG